AAACUAUUUCUGUGCAUAUAUUUGGACCUUUUAUAUUAUAAUUUUUCGUACUUUUCUUUAAAUGCGAGAAUCGCAUGUGCUCUUUUCUUUUAUAUUAGUAGUUGUAUUUCAUUUAAAGAAGUGUUCUUUAAUGAAUAUAGGAACUAAUUAAUAUUUUUCAUUUAGGUAGAGAAAAAGUUUGAUUUGUGUAAUACCGCUGGAAUUAUGAUUUUAAUUCGAAGAUUAUUAUACUUGACUAUACCAUUGCUUAUAGUUGCUGAUGAUGACAGUGACACUGAAGUUCAGUUUAGUAAACCUGAAAAUGCUAAGCCACUGGAAAAUGAUAAAAAUGCCACUACACUAAUAUUGGAGGAAAUUGAAGAUCAUGUUAGCAAACUGAAAGAAACUGUUUCUAUUAAUAGAGAUUUACUAACUUCAGGAAACAUCUCCAUAAAUGGAAGUGCUAAUGAAGGUAUAACAGGCAUUAAUGCAGGUCAAAAUGGUUCUUCUAAUGCUUCUUCAGAAGCAAAAAACAAAGUAAAAGUGGAAUGUGCUCCAAGAACUCUCUCGGAAAAUGAGGUUCCUACAGUCAUCUUAGCUAAUAGCAGUACACUUCUGAAAGCACUGACACCAGCCACUACUAAUACAUCAGCAGGAGAAUGUGUAGCUGUUUUAUUUUACUCAGCUCAGUGUAUUUUCUCUGCACGAAUGGCUCCUCAUUUUAAUGCUCUCCCACGUGUGUUUCCUGAUAUCCAGUUUUAUGCUGUUGAUGCCAUGGAGCAUGGCAACCUUCAUGUUCGUUAUGGAUUAGUCUAUGUCCCAAAUGUUAUGUUGUUUCAUAAUGCAAAACCAUUUGCCAGAUUCAAUGAGACUACAUUGAAUUUAGAUCAACUUGUAAAGUUCAUUCACAAGCACACAGGUUUGCAGCAUAAUGGCACUCUUAAUGUGACGUCAGCUGAUAUGAAUGGCCCUGUGCCUUCUACAUUAACUAAAAAAGUAGAUUAUUUAUUAAUACUUGCUUGGGCCUUUACAUUAUGUUGCAUAGCUUUUGGAUUCAUAAAGUCAUCAUUUUGUCAGCGCAUUGUUGAUUUUUUGAAAAAUACUUGGCAGGAAGCAGCUGCAGCUCAGCAUGAACAUGAAGACUGAUUUUUUGUCAUUAAUAUCGUGAUAAAAACUUUUUGAUAGUGAUGUUAGAUUGUUUUAAAAAUGACUAGAACUUUCUUGAGUGCAAGACUGAUGUAGUCUUUUGUCUUUUCAUGAACUGUUGUAAUAUUUUCUUUUAAGAAGAUCUUUCAUUUGUUUUUUAUCAACAGGAGAUGUUUUACUCACCUUAGUUUUAAAAGGGUGAGAGCUGUUUGGACAUUUUUGAAAAAAUAUUUGUUCAUACAUUAAAAAGUGUCCCACUGAACAUUAAGAAAUGCUCAUGAUAAAGAAGUUACAAGUUAUCUCCUAAUGUACUAAACAUUAUUAUUGUUGUUUAUUGUUUUUUUAUGUUUUUUAUGUUAAAAUUAAAUGCAAAGCUCAUGAUUGUGUAUAUAAUGUACAGAUUAUAAAUAUGUAUAUUUACUGAUUUAUUUUUGCCUGUGAUUCUUUGCAAAUGAUAAUACUCACUUUUCUUUCUAUGCUUAAUGGAAUAUAGUAAAAAAUCAAAUAUUAAUAAUAGUUGGUGACUAUUAUUUUUAAUCAAUAUUCAGUGUUAAAUGAAACCACAAAUUUAAUUUACUUAAAUAAAGUUACCUGUACACUUUUGCCUCCAUAUCCUCAGUUUGUUAUACUUAGUUUGCUACAGCAGAUUAAAAAGAAGGGAUGGAGAAAAAUGGCACUUUAAGUUUUAAAUGCAACUCAAAGAUUAAUAGGCUGUGACAAGGUAAAUUACUGCAAUUUAUUCACAUCCAGUUCUAUCUGCGUAUUCAUUUAAUUGUAAUUAAACACAGGGACUCAAAAUGCUCAUUGUAAAGCUUUACAUCUUUACAUCUAAGCUCUACAUCUAAGCUUUACAUCUAAGCUCAGAAUACCGAUUUCUAAGAUUUGUGUAAUUCUCAACUUAUAGCUCAGCUUAAUGGCUAUAAAUACUUUGGAUGGGAAUAAUGGCUAUCAGUGGUCAAAUAGGAUUUUACUUCAUUUUUCUUUUUUUCUGUAUUCGCCUCUACACUAUUUCUUUCAUCCAUUAAUGCUAUUUAUUGUAGCUUGCAUGCUCAGUAAAUUCUUUAUUAAUAUAAUAAUUAAUCUAAAAUAUAAUAUUAAUGCUGUUAGUGCUUGUAAACUAACAAAGUGCUGUCAGUGUUUGAAAAAUAAAAGAUUCUUAUAUGCCAUCCUUUGAAAUGGUACAUUAUGAUGUAUAUCGAAAGAACUCCAUUUCAUUUUUUACCUGUCUUUAGCAGAUUAGGCCAAAAUGUCAGAAUUCCUUUAAGUUCAGCAGAGACUAAGUGUAUAAUACAUUUUCACUAAGUAUAUAGCACUCCAUUAUCAAUUUAAUUAAUACUGAUAAUGUCUUAUUCCACAUUUUUAAAAUUAAUUUUAGUAGUAAUUACGUAUAUCUUGUAAUAAUCUUAUUGCAUUAAUAGUCAGUGAUUUUUUUACAUACAUAUUAUGUUUAAUGCAAUAUUUGCUAUUAUUUGCAGUUUUACAUAGUUGCAGUAAAUCUUGGAUUGUAUUAUAUUUGGAUAUGGAAGCAGUACUGUGUUUAUCGGUUGAGAAUAACAGUUCUGUCAACUAUAUGUCAUCGAUCUUUAGUAUUGAAGUUUGUUAAAAGUUUUUUCUUAUGAUUGUCUUCUGGGGUUCAGAGCAAUGUAUUGAAUCUGAAUUUUAUGUGUUGCAAUACCUGGAAAAGUUUCUACUAAUUCGUAAAUUCAGAAAAGAGAGAUACAUGUUUCUUCUUUCAAAUACAAAAUUUUAAAAAUUUAUUAAGUUUUUCUGAUUCAGAUAAAUCUAAAGAGAAAUAAAGAGUAGUUUGUAUUCCAAUUUGGAUUUUAGAUUUAAGUUGUAUCUGUAAUUCGAAAUGUUGUGCAACUCCAAAUAGGAUUACUAGUAGCUGUUAUAAAUUUGAUUUAUAAAGUAACUUUUUAUAAUAGCUGUUUAUUAUAUGUAUAUUGUCUACAAUUUAUUUGCUAUGAAAUUUUUUAUUUGAAACUCUUAUUAAAUGAUUAAAUGCAAACUAAGUAUUUAGUUGUCAAGAUAACUAAUGUGUGUAAGUAGAUUACUUAAUUUAUUGAAAUGUGCAAAUUAUCAUAAUUAAAACUUUGUUAGGAAUGAAGUAUUUGUAAAAUCAUUUAAUGUUUUGGUAUUUAAGUAUUAUUUAUGAUAAAUAUAAUUGAUAUAUUUGUUUCUGCAUAGAUAUAAUUUGUUUUUAAGUAAAAGUAAUUAUUGUAUUUUGUCUUUUGUAUUAUUGAAAUGGAAAAUUCUUUUCUUGGUAAUGAAAAAUAUAUGUCGAAACAUUUUCCCCUUAUGUGUAAAAACUUACUUUUCAUAUAGUGCAUGAAAACUUUUGUAAUGCAUAUUGUUGUAAAAAUGUUUCUUUGUGAUGAAUGUUAUUAAACUUAAAAUAAAUAAAUAAAAGAAAAUUACAUUGCAA